AAGCCAUUGCGUUUAUCGUCGAUCCAAGAUGGCUGCCGCAAUGAUGAACGGCAGCCAAGAAAAAGGUGAUUUUGAGGGCUGGCUCUGCUCGAAACUUAGCGCUAUCGGCCUGGACGAGGAUGUAUUCGGUAGCUAUGUCACCGGAGUACUAGAUGCUGAUGAUUCAACUGAAGAUGACCGAAAAGACGCAUUAAUAGGCAUCCUAGACGGGAUGACGGAGUAUCCCGUAGAGGAGCUUUCAUCUGAGAUCCUACAACACUGGCACACCUCAAGAGCAAGCUUACUAAAGAAAAGACAAGAUGCCAAAGAACUAGAAGUGGAAGAGAAAAAGAACAAGUUAGCCCAAAUUAUGGAGAAGCAAGCUGCCUCCAAGUCAGCAUCCAAGCCAGUGGGAGCAGUGGAUGCUCAACUGAAGCAACAAUUACUGGCGAAAUACAGCCACGAAUCUGAUGAAGAUGAGAACUCAAGUGAUGAAGAUGAGGCUGCCCCUGUAUACGUCACACCAAGACUGACAGGCAAUGAGUCUGAUUUGUUCAAGAACACUAAUGCCCAGUCUGUGACUGACAAAGAAAAAGAAAAACGAGAUAAAUUAAAGCAAGAAAAUGAUGCUAAGAAGCAGCAGAUUAAAGAUGCUAAAGAAAAACAGAAGCAGAAGGCAGAGGAGAGAAAGGAGAAAGAGAAAAAGCGAACACAGAAAGGAGAAAGAAGGAUCAGAUAGCAGGUUCUGAAUGUUCACACCGACUUGAUGGAAUCAAAUAAUGCUGAAUUUGACAUGCAUCCUGAAGCCGUUGUGGUAGAAGAAUACAUUAGUGCAAGUGAAGCUCAUAAUAUUGCAGCAUGUUGCUGACAUUACUGAAUUAACAUAUCACAUCAGGCACUCACCCAGGAUUGGCUGAGAAAAAAGAAUAGCAUUUGAAGAUUCAUUAAUAUAUGACCUAAUUUUUGGCUGCCAAGGGGGGUAUGUGCACAUCCUGUGCACCCCCCUAUGUACGCGCAUGCGCCUGCACAUUCUUAACAAGAUCAUUGUGCUAGUACUUAAAUGAGCAAAGAGCAUGUUCAUGUCAAGAUCAUGGUACUGAAUUGAAAUUAGAGCCUGUGUCUGACAAGAUCAUCAUGCAGCUCAAGUGUUCAAAAAAUUACUUGAAGCAUACUGUAGAUGAUCUAAUAAAUGUCCCUAUCUGAAAAA